AUGCGCCUCGCGCAACUGCACGACAAGAUGGCGGCCGGACGCGAUCUUCCCAAGCACGCGCCGACGCCAUCUCCGCGCUCUCCUAACAACUCAACCGAUGGGCUGCUGCCUGCUGUUUGUGAAAUUAGAGAACUAAUAACAAAUUCGGAACAACAACUUCAGGGAGUAGACGGGCCAUGUUCGAGUACGUCUCUUUACUGA